AAAACGUGACGUGUAUGUAUGUUUCUGGAAAUUUGAUUAACGCCGUAAAGAACGUGCACAGGUUGGAGAGAGCGUUUAGAAACCACGAACCACAUCUUCUUCGUGUGUGUGCAUUAUCGGAACUGGUCUGGUCAAUAGAGUAAAUAGGUUAAAAUAUGAAGGGUUAGUUUUAAGGAACGUGUUAAUGUCUUAUGCCGUAAUGAUGAUAUAUGGACCCACUCCACGCAAGAGAAAGCAGCUGACUCAAAUGAGAGACGCACAUUCUAAUAAGGGUCGUCGUGGGAUCCAAUUACUCUCGGUUCCUAAUCCACUUAAUAAUUUUCAUGCGCCUCUUUCACGUUAAAGCUGAUAUAUAAGUAUACUUUAAAUAUAAGUUAAUAUUUUGGUCGACCACUUCUUUCAUUUCAAACGUUGUUGUCUUUUACCUAUUCCCAACGCAAAUAUUCUAAUUACCUUUUAAACUUAAACAUAUAUAAAUUCCUAUAUCCAUCUAAAACUAUCUGAAUUUUGGUGGAGAAUAGUCGAUAUACAUACAUGUCUAUCUCAUUUGAAUAAACCGACCAAUUUAAGAUGUACCAGAUAAUACUCUAAUUAGUAGUUUAAUAUUGUUUUAAUGGUUGACCUUAAACCAAAACGAUACCAAGCAAACGGUGUACGUAAUCCACAUCAUAAAUUUUGCAACACAAGGUACGGUUAAGUAUUAUAUUGAUCUUGAAAUCGUAUAACAAUUUAAACAAAUGCAAUAAUAAAUAUGUCUAAAACGUUAAUUUUCAUAGACGUACAUGAAUAUGGUAAAUUUCAGGUUUUUUUGGUGUCGCUGUUCGUACCACUAAGUCCAAGGAUUCUAAUGAAUGUGUGCUGCCUCAAAUAUGUGCAUGGUGCAUCUGUCGAAUAUGCUUAUGUAUGUCAGCAUGUCGUAUUAAACGUUAUCGAUUGCAUCACUUGCAUUAUGUCGUUAUUAACUAGUCAUACACACAAUGUUCUAUCGUAUGUUUGGUUCACAAAUCAACACGUUCGAUCGCACUUAAAUAUGAACCUGUUACAUUUUAGAAAGAUCAUAUCAACGUAGCAUCAUUAUCGCAUGUUACUUGUUCAUCUUAACAGUUUUCAACCAAUUAAUUUGUUGAUGUGUACGAAUCUAACAUUUUAACUUUUUCUUUUCUCAAACAUUUCAUUAAGCUAAUACGAAAGUUUCUUCGCUAAUUUAUUAUUACUGUGACCUGUUAUAUAUCGUUUAUAUAAUAAAUUUAUAAUUCUCAGUACUAGUUACUGGGACAUAAUAUUAUUUAUGGACAUAGAGUAUGAGUAAAGUUUACUCAAAGGUCGUCGUCGCCAAGGCUUGCUUCCAGAUUUAUUUACGUCUGUAACGAUUCUUAUUUUAUUUCCUUAAACGGCUGCGUUUUACAGGUCUACUGACGCCAGCAGUUUCGUUAGGUGACGUCAGCAGGUUUUCAACAGGGAGAAAAUAAAGUUUCCAUCUAACGGUUCAGAUUUGUUUUCAUGUUAAUCCAAGGGUGAUAGUUUCUAUUUUCACAAAACCUUUUGAUGUUAAUGGAGAUUAAUCCUCUGUUCACCAACUUCUUCAUUCCCUUAUAAUAAUAAAUAAACAAACAUGCCAUUUCUAAUUUUCUACAUCCUCCUGCCACCUCUCCGUAUUGCCUUUUUUCUUCCCGAUGUUUCUUCAGACCAAUCUGAAGAUCGCUCGAGUUCAUCGUUCACUUUGGUCGGUUUAGACUUUUUGACUUGUUCGAACUUCAACUUCUUGUCCUUUCACAAGUACACGUUCUUUCCGAUCUAAUCUGCUCUCUAUACACCCAAGUUUGGUCAACGAUGGAGUCAACAAAGGUGUGCAUGAACGCACAGUGUGGAUCUACCUCCACGUCAGGGGAGUGGAAGAGAGGCUGGCCGAUGCGAUCCGGCGAAUUAGCCUCUCUGUGUGAUAAGUGCGGGUCCGCAUACGAGCAAUCGAUAUUCUGCCAAGUGUUCCACGCUGAGGAGUCUGGUUGGAGAGAGUGUAAUUCAUGUGACAAGCGUCUUCACUGUGGAUGCAUUGCUUCUAGAUUUAUGAUGGAGGUUGUGGAUAAUGGUGGUGUUACAUGUAUAAGCUGCGCCAAGAAGUCCGGACUAUUCUCUAUGAAUGUCGAAUCCAACGGUAGGGAGUUCCCUACAUUUGCUUCAGCAGAGCAUGUAAGCAGCGUUCUGGAGAGGACUAAUCUCAAACACUUGCUUCAUUUCCAAAGAAUCUCCCCCACUCAACCUUUUCUCCAAAUGAAACAAGAGGAGUCUCUCCUUCCCGCAAGACUAGAAGCUCUCAGACACAACACUGAGAAGAAAGAAUCUGCACAGCCAAACUUGAGCAUUUCACUUGGACCUACGCUUAUGACAAGUCCAUUUCACGAUGUGGACGACAGAAGCAAGACCACUACUCCCAUUUUCCAGCUCGCCUCUCGGUCUAGACAACUCCUACCAAAACCUGCGAACUCAGCUCCCACUACUGCUCCUCCCAUGGAGCCUAACGGGAGCCUCGUGUCGCAGAUUCACGUCGCUAGGCCUCCUCCAGAAGGUCGAGGCAAGACUCAGUUGCUUCCGCGUUAUUGGCCUAGGAUUACUGAUCAGGAGCUGCAGCAAUUAUCUGGACAGUAUCCUCAUCUCUCAAACUCCAAAAUUAUACCACUCUUUGAAAAAGUUCUGAGUGCAAGUGAUGCUGGUCGUAUUGGUCGACUGGUUCUUCCCAAAGCAUGUGCAGAGGCGUAUUUCCCACCGAUCUCACAACCUGAGGGCCUCCCGUUAAAGAUACAAGACAUAAAAGGGAAAGAGUGGGUGUUCCAGUUCAGGUUCUGGCCUAAUAAUAACAGCAGGAUGUAUGUUUUGGAGGGUGUGACUCCUUGCAUACAGUCAAUGCAGUUGCAAGCUGGUGAUACUGUAACAUUCAGCCGCACAGAACCUGAAGGAAAACUCGUAAUGGGAUACCGUAAAGCGACAAACUCAACAGCAUCACAGAUGUUCAAGGGGAGCAGUGAACCCAAUCUGAACAUGUUCUCCAACAACUUGAGUUCGGGAUGCGGUGACAUCAACUGGUCUAAACUUGACAAGCCUGAGGACAUGUCAAAGGACGGCUUAAUGCUUCAGCCGUCGCUAAUCUCUGCUAGGAAACGUGUUCGAAACAUUGGCACUAAGAGCAAGCGACUGCUCAUUGAUAGCGUAGAUGUUCUGGAACUGAGACUAACUUGGGAGGAGGCACAGGAGCUGCUGCGGCCUCCUCAGUCUGCUAAACCGAGCAUAUGUACAGUGGAAGAUCACGAUUUUGAAGAAUAUGACGAACCACCAGUUUUCGGGAAGAGGACCGUGUUUGUGUCACGUCAAACAGGGGAACAAGAGCAAUGGGUUCAGUGUGAUGCUUGUGCUAAAUGGCGACGGCUUCCUGUGGAUACUCUUCUUCCACCGAAGUGGUUGUGCUCUGAUAAUCUAUUGGAUCCUGGCAGGUCUUCAUGUUCUGCACCUGAUGAACUCACCCCAAGAGAGCAAGAUACACUUCUCCGGCUAAGCAAAGAGUUCAAAAGGAGGAGACUGGCAUCAUCAAACCAGGAGGAAGCAUCUGCUCUGGACACUUUAGCAAAUGCAGCCAUCACCACCACAGGUGAACAAGGAGAAACCGAGGUUGCAGCCACGACCAAGCACCCACGACACCGAGCUGGCUGUUCGUGCAUUGUCUGCAGCCAGCCGCCAAGUGGGAAAGGCAAACACAAGCCGUCGUGCACUUGCACCGUGUGCGAGGCGGUGAAGAGACGGUUCAAGACGCUCAUGAUGCGGAAGCGGAACAGGGGAGAAGCAGGACAGGCAAGCCAGCAGGCGCAGUCAGAUCAGUGCAGAGAGGAGACGGAAGCUGAGAGCAUUCCAGCGGUUGAACUGCCAGCGGCAGGGGGGAACAUUGACUUAAACUCAGACCCAGCUUCUAGAGUGAGCAUGAUGAGUCUUCUGCAAGCUGCAACGUUUCCUCUGGAGGUGUAUCUGAAACAGAAAGGUGUUCCAAAUACAGCGGCAGACCAGCAAAGCAGUGAUAUAGUAAGUACAGAGAACGGUUCGUCCUCAGCCGCACAAGAACAUGACAGAGACACAAGCGGAGCGCCUGAGCCAAUGAACUAACUUACUAGCCCCCUUUGGAAUCCUCCUUGAGUAUUUAUUCUUCAGAGGUGUGUUUAUUAAUGUAUACAACCUUUCUUCAGUUUCAGUUUGGUAGAGUGGUUAAGACUAUUCUGCCAAUUGUUUUAUUUUUCUUCUUGGUUUGGUUGUUGGUGUGUGGCGAGGCUUGAGAUAGAGAGAGAUAGAGAGAGAGAAAAGAAUAUUGGUGAGGUUUUUGGAAAUAUAUAAGACAGCCAAACAUAAUCUUGACAGAUUGUAAUAUAUAUAUAUGGUUCAAAAAAUGAUAUUUUUGAUGCAAA